GAUCGCUCGGGGCCCUGCUCUUCUCUCUAAAGACAGUCUCCCACUCUCGUCCUAGUUUGAAGACCCUGCGGCUUCUCCGAGGCCAUUGCCGUCGUCUCAAAGACCUUUCCGCAGGAGACAGCACCACUUGUUUCGACCGAACUUCGAGUGAGCCAGGGCGUGCGGUGCUGUGUGUAUGAAUAUCCGUGUGUGUGCGGCCGUGAUCGUCCGCGAGAAGAACACUCAGACGAGCCGCCACCAUUCGAUUAAGCGAGCGGUUUUCGUGCGUAGUUAGCGCACGUUUCGGUGGAUCGGAAUAUCGGGAUUUUACUGCCUCCUGUACAGAAUGCAGACCAGAGCGCAAGUGACGACCACCACAACUGUGACAGGAACCACGUCUAGCGGCUUCCUGAGUCUCAACACCGGAUACCUCCGCACCAUAAACGGCUGGCUGAAGAUCGCUCAGCUGUUCGUGGGACUCUUAGUUCUCUUGCUCCUCGUCUGGUGGGAGCAUACAGCAGUUUUCACCUGGUCUCAUUUCCUUCAAUUGACAUCAUUCUGUUUUCUCAUUGUUACUGGCCUCAUGCUGGGCUCGUGUGUAGCAUCUCUAUCUGGGAUGACGCUGCUCACCACACUAUUUUACUUGAAUUACCACAUUCUGGGCUUCGUCUUCUACCUCUGCGGGGGCCUGGCUGUAGUUGUUGAGGCACCGAACAUCAGGGGGAGCACCAGGGCCAUCGUAGCAGGGGUACUUGGUCUCUUGAACGCCGCGUUUUACGCAAUCGAUGCCUUGUUCGCCUUCAAAGGUCGAUUGAAUUGACAGGGAGUGGGAUUUCACUCCAUUCUCAUUCUGCUACGAGCCGGAAGCGAUGUCGAGGAACAAUACCUUGACAGUCGCAGAUGAACAUGUAAAUUCGAAUCUGCCAAUAUGUGGGUCACAUUUCACGUGAAAGGCUCCGCUCAGAUUGGCAAUUCUGGGAGGGGAGAAGGGACGGGACCAGCGAUAGUCUCCAAUUUCCAUCACAGUGAGGGGAGCUCAGCCCUCGUGCCUAAAGACCAUCGGCGAUAAACGUCCGAAUGUCUCCAUGUGAAUCUCUCGCACACUGGAGGACGAUUCUAGUCAGUUGGUGGGCGAGCCAGGGUCUAAAUUUCCUAUUCGUAGACGAGCUUCCGCAAGCUCAUUUUCUGAAUCUGGUCGCAGUGUCGAAGCAGUACAAGCGGAAACGAUUCCGUCAUAUGUCUUGCGACUGUCAAC